AUGAUUGCCCAGGCCCAAGAUGUCGAGACACCAAUCCCUCAGCCCUUUAGUCCUUUCAGCUUGAUGCCGUACCAGGACGACUAUUGGUAUAGAGCACACGACCGCAAUUGUUUCAAGGACGAUGAAUCAAAUGUACAGGUUGACUGGACAGAUAUUGACGCAGAGCACCGCGCAACGAUGAGAGCAUUGAGGUCAUCAGCCGACAUACAAUCAUAUACAAGUCGGGCAGAGCUGCACCCAAGCGGACUUCGGGUUAUAUCCAUUAGUCAGGGCAAUUCUUGGAGGCCAUUGAAUGUGACCAGGGAGAUGUUUGAACACAUUCAAAGUAACACUGGGGCUUCAAGUCCACUCCUCGACCUUGUAAUAUCCUUCUAUGAUAGGAUCAUGGCCUCUGAAGAAGCCUUUAGCGGCGCGCCCACUUUCACGUCUAACGAUCGCAACAUAGAGAUCGCUUAUAUCUUCAAAUAUGCCUUCCAAAAAUUCAGCAACGACAAACCAGAGUCCUGGAGCAUACGUCAAACGGGCGUAUAUCAAAAAUACGAUCUGACCACGAAACACUCCACAUGGAUAUUCAUGAACCCGACCAAAGACUGUCUUUUCCAACAACGCUUAAUGAAAGCGCUGUUGUCUCCUAAUCAUUGUUCACUGUUAAAGUCGCAUCCGCUUCUUAUCCACAAUAUCCUAUUCGCCACAUUUUUCCCAAACUGGAGGGAUUUUCUAGCGUGCUACGAGGCGAGAGUAUUGACAGUAUCCAAUACAACCAUGCCAGAGCGCAUUGAAGACCCUCUGCGCAUUAAUCACCAAAUGCUCACCUCCAUGCGAUCGGUCGAGUCUCGGUGUCUCCCGCUGCAGGCUAUCUUUCGUUCCUUUAAUAAGACACUCCAGACCUUGAGUAAAACGAACCAGGUAUUAAGGGAGUUUGAUAAUAUACAACAUCCGAAAUGGCUACAAAUGAAACAUCUACUCGAUAACUAUAAGAGCCACGCCGAUGCCUAUUCGCAGAAUGCAGCAUUUCUGCAAAGUCGGGCUGCCAUUACGUCUCAGUUGGUCACAGAUACCUUUUCGUUCAAGAAUUCGCAUACGUCCCAGGAACAGACCAAGUAUAUGCUCGAUCUGACUUUAUCCACUGUCGAUGACUCCACAACUGUUCGCGUUAUCACCGUUGUGACGCUCAUAUAUCUACCAUCUACCUUCAUGGCAGUAAGCUUGUUCCUCCCCUCGCCCUCAUCUGGCGCAGCCAAGAGGUGUAUCGCUGACAAAGUUCCCAAUGUACAGACACUCCUCGGUAUGAAUUCCUUCUUCGAAAUGGAUUCCGUGACUCACAAGCUGGUUGUGUCUCCGCAAUUCUGGAUCUUCGUUGUGUGCGCAGUACCUCUCACGGCGGUAACAGUCCUAUACUGGUGGGUUCGUAGAAAGCGUCACCCGAAACAAGUCAAAGAGAAGGUCGAAUUCUCCGUUUGA